AUGGUAUAUCCAGAACAGCGGCAGCAACAGGAUGAAUGGGCCCGUCAGUAUGCACCCCAGGUAUCUCCAGAACAGCAGCAGCUGUCACAGCAACAGCACAGUGCAUUCACUUAUCAAAAUUCACCAGAAGUAUUCCCAGUACAACAGCCACAACAGCAGCACAAUGCAUGGGGUAACUACCUUACUCCAAGCCCUCCUCACAAUACGGGAACAAGCGCCACGUGGGCUCGUCAGUACGCACCACAUGUAAUUCCAGAGCAACACCGGCAAAACCCUUGGGGUCAUCAGUAUGCACCACGUGUAUCCACAGAGCAGCAGCAGCAACCACGUGCCGUACGUGGUCCGUAUGCACAACAACCGUCUCCCAGCAUGGGUAUAAACACACCUACCCCCAGUUCAGCGACCUAUAGCAACAACUAUUUCUACGGAGAAAGGUAUCUCAACUUGGGUCAACAUAGCUACUACAACGGUCAGACGGUACCAACUAUGCCCCCAUUGCUCACACCUCAACAACAAAACAACAUUACUCAGCAGAACUUCGUCGCAGCACCACCUGCUGAUCAAGGCUUAACAGCCCCUGCACUGGACCCUCACCCGUCCGACGUAGUCAGUUCCCUUAGUCAAGCAAUGGCUACUAUGCCGCAGCAGGGCUGGCACUGUCCCAAAGAUGAUGUGACGCUUCCAGCGACAGACGAAGACCGUGAGCAGUGGGUUCGAAUGCUUCUCAACGCCAUUAACAAUCUUGAUGGUAUCGAAGGCAAUCAAGGCAAAAAGAACCAAAACUCGUUGCAGAAGCGUUGGCGUGGGCCUCUAACAGGGCCUGAUUACUACCUGCCUGCAGACAAGUUGAUUCUCUGCUGGACAAUAGAAGAUCUAGCAGAGCGUUUGCACCGCUUAGGGCCUUCGGUAUUUCAUUCGUUCGACGCCAAUUUCUGGCACCAGGCUGCAAAAACACGCAACUGGACUUUUGAAGAUCGUAUGACGUGGAUCAUAGAAUUGCUUAGGGUGUCGAAGACCAGAUGCGAUAGCUUGUUGGGUGGUAGCAGUUUGCAGGGCAUUGUCGCCAACCCAGCUGAGAAACUUGAUGCUACCAGAGCACAGGCAAAACAGAACGAGAAGCGUGGUGAGACUCUGAAACUUGGCCGCGCGAUCAAGAAGCAGAAGACUAAUCGAGUAACUUAG